GCGCACCUUGCUCGUUAUCAAAAGCACAAAAGCAACAGAGAAGAAGUGAAGGGGUAGCAGGACUUUCUUAAGCCAAAACAAAAGUAAAAUAACGACUAAUUUAUUUCUCUCUACUGCUGUCGAAUGUUUUGGUGGCAUGAACAGAAAACUAUAGCGGCGGGGAAAUGAUCGAGGCAGGACCAUUAACUAGUGAAAGCUAGCUGACGUUGAAUUUCUCUAAAGUUUACGGUGGUUGGCUAGCUGGUUAGCUAGCUACCUCCACGGCGCUGGCCUCCUCCUUAGGUCUGCAGGCCCCUGUCUACCCCUUCGUCUCACGUAUGCUCAACCGUGCCCCAGAAAGAUGGUGUCGUGGAUGAUCUCAAGAGCUGUUGUGCUCGUCUUCGGCACUCUCUACCCAGCCUACAACUCCUACAAGGCUGUUAAGACCAAGAACGUCAGGGAAUAUGUGCGAUGGAUGAUGUACUGGAUCGUCUUCGCUCUCUACACCGUGGUGGAGACCAUUGCGGACCUGACCGUGGCAUGGUUUCCUCUGUACUAUGAGCUGAAGAUAGCCUUUGUGAUCUGGCUGCUGUCCCCCUACACCAGAGGGGCCAGUCUGAUCUAUAGGAAGGUCCUCCACCCCAUGCUCUCCUCCAAAGAAAGGGAAAUCGAUGACUACAUUGUCCAAGCAAAAGAACGCAGCUACGAGACCAUGGUGAACUUCGGCAAGCAGGGCCUAAGUAUAGCAGCCACAGCAGCUGUGUCCGCAGCUGUCAAGGGCCAGGGAGCCAUCACUGAGAAACUGCGUAGCUUCAGCAUGCACGACCUGUCACAGAUCUCCCAGGGAGACCAGCCUGACUCUGGCCGCCGAGGACUUACCCAGCCAGACGGACCCGGUUCUCGCUCCAAAGGCCCCCUCACUCGCAGCCAGAGCACUCCAGGAGACUAUUACGAUUACGAGCAGGAUGACCGUACCGACGACGAUGAGCAAGAGCCUGUGUUCUCAGAGGACGAGGCGGUGACCCACAAAGGCGUCCGGCGAUCCCAAAGCGUCAAGAUCACGCGCUCCAGAUUACGCAAGGACGCGGCUCGGUAUGGCUCCCUGCGAAUCAAAACCAAGAAAAGACCUGCACUGAACCCCAACAACUAUGCAUCAUAGGGGCACCCCAGAGCACAACUACUGAUCUGGAGAGGCAUUGUCUUCUGUGUGUGUGUACAUGCACAUGUUUCAGCAUAUGCAAGAGUGUAUGUGUGUGUGGAUGUGUAUGUGUGUGUGUUCGUCCAUGUGUAUGUGUGUGUGUCCUCAUAGAAACCCCAUGUCAGUGUUUGAGUGUGAUCCUCUGCUCUGCGUUUAGAACUUCUUUAUCGGGUGGCGGGUUCCUCUCCUCUCCUCUCCUCUCCACACUGACAGACCCCCCCCACCUGUCGUUGCAAUACUUAGUGUGGCUAUUUAUUAUGAUCUUUUUUUAAUCAUCAUCAAUGAAACAUGUAUCAUGUGUUCAGACAGAGGAUAU